CCCGGCAGGAGCAGUUGGAGUUUAGUUAGUGUCGCAGUCAAGUUUUCCUUCCCAGAAUGACUUCCUGGGCUCCCGCUAUCGGACUCUCGCUCCUCCCCCACGUGGGCGGCAUAGUCGGGGGUUUAAUAACGAGGAAAGAGGUGAAAACCUGGUACACGACCCUGGUGAAACCUUCCUGGCGCCCCCCCAACUGGAUGUUUGGCCCCGUGUGGACCACAUUAUACACCUCCAUGGGCUACGGCUCCUAUCUGAUCUAUAAGGAACUGGGAGGACUGAAUGAAAAGGCCGUGGUGCCCCUUGGACUGUAUGCCGGCCAGCUGGCCCUCAACUGGGCAUGGACUCCCAUAUUCUUUGGUGCCCACAAGAUCGGCUGGGGGCUGGUGGAUUUAGUUUUCCUCUGGGGGACCGCUGUGGCCACAACCCUAUCUUGGCACCCCAUUAGCCGGUCGGCAGCGUAUCUGAUGCUCCCGUAUCUCGCGUGGCUCACGCUGGCGUCCGCCCUCAACUACUGCAUCUGGAGGGACAACAAGAAGGAGGACAAGAGCGAGUAGGAAGCCGUAGUUUCUAUCAAAUGUAUCAUAUUGUUUUAUAUUGAUCAGCCUCGGUCCGUAUGAUGUACAAUGUAAAGCCCCGAGUGUACCUGCAGCGCCGCUGCUCCUGUGAGCGACGGAUCAUUCCACAAUAAAAACCUGAAAGGAAUUUACUCUU